GAGAUUGCUCGCGAUGAGGCGGCAGUACUGCAAUUGAUGUACAUAUGCAAGUAGAGUUCGCUACUAGCGUACAGUGCGUAUGUAUGUACAUAUGUGUACAUAUGACAAUGUACAUCAUAGAUCUGAUGCUAGAAUGCCAGGACCAGGACGCUCAGGGACACUCAUGAAUCUUAUGUACACGCACGUGAAUCUUUCCUACUCCCAUUAAAAUAAUUUAAAUUUACCGCCAUAUUAUCAAUAAGUGGCACGAUCUAUCACCGACCUAUCACAAUGAAGCGUCAAAUAAUUUAAAAUUGAUUGAAAGGCUACCUAAACAUAAACAACAUGGCAGAUAAGACGGAGGCAAUAAUACACGUAAAAAAUAGAAGCUAAUGAAUCGAUAUUUCAACUAUGCGCCGUCGCAAUAUUCUUUUGUGCGAUUAGGUGUUUAGCUUUUACGAUUACACCGUUAAAAAUUUUUACCAUUAAAAAUAUGUCGACUGAGAAGGUUCUGUACCAACUAUAUCAACCUCAUGGAUCUGGUACAGUGUUUAUCUCUUGGCGACCAGGCAAUAGUACCCAUUUAGCAACCACGGGCUAUGAUUCCUCAGUUGCAAUUUUCGAUAGACAAGGUGAUCUGCAAGAGCGCAUUCACAUUUCUGGUUUGUGUAAUGGAUUUGGAUGGGAUUCUGAUGGAGAUCUAUUGGCUGUUAUAUCACAAAAUUCUUCUGCUAUUGUAUUAUGGGAUGCUACAACUGGAAAAAAAUGUCAAAUAGACGCUGGUGUAAGGGACAGCUUGACAUGUAUAAUGUGGGCAAAGAGGACUUGCUUAUUAGCUGUAGGGACACAGAAAGGAAAUUUAGUUCUUUAUGACCAUAUAAAUGCCAAACGGACACCGAUUCUAGGAAAACAUAAAAAACGUAUAACAUGUGGUGCUUGGUCUUAUGAAGGACUUCUGGCUCUUGCCAGUGAAGACAAAGCUUUAACUAUUAGUACAAGCGAUGGAGAUACACGUCGUGAAAUCCCUCUCCAGGGUGAUCCAUCAGACAUUCAGUUCAAUGAAAUGAAGAUGGAUCACAGAAUCGGGGGUGAAAAUACAAUAUCCCUUGUUAUUAACAAAACCACUUUAUUCUUGUACAAUAUUUUGGAUCCAGAAAACCCCAUUGAACUAGCUUUUCAGAAACGCUAUGGUUCUAUUGUUACAUAUAAAUGGUAUGGAGAUGGUUAUAUCUUAGUAGGUUUCGAAACUGGAUAUUUUACAGCAAUUUCCACGCAUAUAAAAGAAGUAGGACAAGAGCUAUUUCAAGUUAAAAAUCACAAAGAUUCGUUAACCGAUUUGGCUAUAAGUCAAACAAUAGGAAAGAUCGCAACGUGCGGUAGUAACAUCAUAAAGAUACAUAAUUUACAGAAUUUAGAAGAAACUGAAAAAUUAAUAACCGUCAGCAACGAAACAGGAAUUAGUAAAAUUGAAUGGUCCAUGGAUGGAUCCAUGAUAGCAACUGUGACUUACUCCGGAAAUGUGUUAGUCUAUUUAAUACAAAUUCCAAAACUGUUUAGCGUUUGCGGUAAUAAAAUUGCAUUGCUUACUAGUUUGACUGAAGUAGCUGUACAUCUCUAUACCUUAGACAAGGUGAUGAGAAGGAUCAAAGAAGGCUACAGGCUAGACAGGCCAGAACACUGUAAGAGAGAGCUGUACAACAUCUUGUAUUAUUGCUGGGACAAGGACCCAGCUUGCAGGCCCUCCUAUGGGGAACUGGUGGGACUGACAGAGGGCCUCUUACUCGACGAAACGGACUACAUCGAAUUGGACAGGUUCCCCGACCAUUCGUAUUACAACGUGCUCAAUCUCAACGGUGAAAAAUUGUGA